AUGUCACCUUUCACUGUUUGGAAGUUAUUUUCUCUCUUCGCGUUCGAGACCUCAGGAGACACCUGGAGAGACAUACAUUCGAUUAUUGGGAUCCGGAAAAGAGAAGGUGUUUAUUUUAAUAAACUCUUCAACUACGUAACUAACUUACUACUUCAAUUAAGUCCGGGGAGAAUGCUAAGAACUCGACAGGUAGUGUUUCAUGAUACAAAUCUGAAAUUAUCAAGGCAUUUUCAGAGAAAUAUAAGAAGUUCCGGGGCCCUUAUGAAAAGAAUAAAUUUUACUGAUAAUGUUAUGGCCGCAAGAUUGGCAAACGAUUAUAUACAACUGACAAACUAUACGUUUAUACCAAAGAAAAUUAUUUUCGACGAAACUGACUUUGAGGAAACAUCGAUGAUUGUGAGUGGUGUUGUAGAAUUUAAUGGAGCCUGGUCCGUGCCUUUCGAUGACAGCAAUACUGUUUUAGAAGACGGGUACAAAGGUAAUGGAAAAGUAUACAUGAUGCAUCAAUGGGCUUACGUGAGAUACGCUGAUAUAGAACAGCUAGGAGCCUCGGUGAUGGAACUACCGUACGGAGAAGACAAAGAAUAUAGUAUGAUUAUAAUAAGACCAGAAGGAGACUUGACCGUCACUGAUGUACUGGAGAACUUCGCUAAAAUAGACUUUAUAGAAGUCAUUCAUCGAUUAUACAGUGAAGGACUACAAGAGAUUGAAGUUAAAUUACCAAAAUUCUCACUAAAAUCUUCCUUAUUACUCAAUGGACCUUUAAACUCUAUGGAUAUGAGCAGUAUAUUUUCAAAGGAUCGAGCAAAAAUUUUUAAAUACGGCAAAAGUAUGUACAUAUCUGAGUUAGAACAUAACACUGAGAUCAUGGUUGCUGAAGCAGGUACCUUCGCAACCGCUUCAAUACCAGUCGAAGAGACGGUUGCGUUACAGUUCAGUGAGAAAAUAAGAAAUUUAAGCCUUGAACUGUUUUAUUAUAGUGAGAAAGAAAAUAAUAGUUCCGUCGCCAUGGCGCCCUUUACAAUAUUUCAAUUGAUAUCUCUAGUCGCGUUUAAAUCGGGAGGUGAAACUUGGAAACAGAUGCAUACAAUUUUCGGAAUACCAAAAGAAAAUGGAAAACAAUUUAACUCUCUAUUCAUGUUUAUAAAUGAUUUUCAUGUUAAACUAAAACCGGGAAGAAUUUUAAAGAACAUACAAGUCAUAUUCUUUGAUACAGACAUAGGGCCGUAUAUAAAGAAGUUUUUCGUUCGUAAUGUCUUAAACGCUGGUGUAAGUAUGAUAAGACUCAAUUUUGAUGAUAAUAUCUUGGCAGCAGAAUCAGCUAAUAACUUUAUUCGAAUGAAUGUAAAAUCAUCAGCAGAGGAUGUCGUCUUCGACAAAACUGACUUUGAGGAGACAUCAAUGAUUGUGAGCGGUGUUGUGGAAUUCAGUGGAGCCUGGUCCGUACCUUUCGACGACAGCAAUACUGUUUUAGAAGACGGGUACAAAGGUAAUGGAAAAGUAUACAUGAUGCAUCAAUGGGCUUACGUGAGAUACGCUGAUAUAGAACAGCUAGGAGCCUCGGUGAUGGAACUACCGUACGGAGAAGACAAAGAAUAUAGUAUGAUUAUAAUAAGACCAGAAGGAGACUUGACCGUCACUGAUGUACUGGAGAACUUCGCUAAAAUAGACUUUAUAGAAGUCAUUCGUCGAUUAUACAGUGAAGGACUACAAGAGAUUGAAGUUACAUUACCAAUGUUUUCAAUAACUUCGACCUUAAUAUUAGACGGACCCUUAAAGUCUAUGGGUGCUAAGAAUGGGUUCCUGAUGAAUCUCGCAGACUUUUCGGGAAUAUCGACCGAAGAUAUUUACAUUUCAGCGUUGGAGCACAGAACUACAGUGAUGGUCGCGGAAGGGGGGACCAUGGUAAUGGCGCACACACCCGGCAAUUUUGCUCACAAGACAAGAGAAACUUCAAAUGAAAUGGGCCAGCCAUUUCUAUUUUUUAUAGUGCAUCGAAAAUAUAUGAGUAUUGUCUUCUGUGGGAGAUAUGGACAGAAAGAUAUCGAUUGA